AUGUCGUUUUUAAGAUUAGCAUCCAGACACUCUCUUCAAUUGAACAGACAACUAGCUCUUAACUCUGUCUCUAUUUUCAGAAUGGGUCUAUCAUCUAAGGUGGCUCCUGUCGUUUCUACUAAAGCUCCUCCUGCCGCAGCUUCCUACUCUCACGCUAUUAAGGCCAAUGGCUUCGUCUACGUAUCUGGUCAAAUUCCUUAUACUCCAGAUGGAAAAGCUGUCAAAGGAAGUUUCUCUGCACAAUCUGAGCAGGUCAUAAAGAAUUGCAUAGGUAUCGUUGAAGAUGCCAAUUCAUCUUUAGAAAACAUUGUUAAGUGCAACAUCUUCUUGACUGAUAUUUCCAAGUUUGGCGAAUUCAACAAGGUUUACUCAAAGUACUUUAAUAGUCAUAAACCCGCUAGAUCUUGCGUUGCUGUCAAGGACUUGCCUUUGGGAUGUCCUUUAGAGAUGGAGGUCAUUGCUGUUGAGAAAUGA